AUGUUGGAUGAAUGUGUUCACUCUUCUGGACUCAAAGUUUUGAAGGGCGGGGCUCGGGACAAGAAGGCGUGGCUUAUGAAGGAGCAGAAGAGGAGGAAGAAGAUGAGGAAGAUGAUCAAGAGGAUCAGGAACAACGACACGUGCUCGAUGCCCGGACUCACCUGCUUCACUCACGACAACCAGCACUGGCACACGCCGCCCUACUGGACACUGGGUUCUUUCUGCGCCUGCACCAGCGCCAACAACAACACGUACUGGUGUCUGAGGACCAUCAACGAGUCGCACAACUUCCUGUUCUGUGAGUUUGCCACCGGAUUCCUGGAGUACUUCGACCUCAACACGGACCCUUACCAGCUGAUAAAUGCCGUCAGCUCUUUAGAUCGGACGGUCCUGAAUCAGCUCCACGUCCAGCUGAUGGAGCUCCGAGGCUGCAGAGGACACAAACAGUGUAAUCCUCGCACGCGCUCACUGGAUCAAGGAGGACGGGAUCAUACCAGCUUCGACGACUACAGGCUGUUUGAAAGGAGGAAGUGGCCGAGAGUCAAGAAACCUUCGUCGUCUCGAACCCUUAGAGGUCCGAUCUGGGACGGCUGGAAGGGCUGAGCCUCCUGACCGGUUGGAGCAGGCUCCUGACCCCACCCACAGCAGCCUGAAGGAGCAGGGGCGUGGUCGUUGAGGCGACUCCAGAAGCAUCGGUCCACAACCACGCCCCCAACCUCGCCAUCCUGCCAUCUCUGUGACAUCUCUUCCCCUGCUGCUCAGGGAGACGCUGGGACCAAACACUCUAAGCACCGACUCAACAACCACUCCUCUCUCCUCCUCCUCCUCCUCCUCCUCCUCCAUCGUGCUCCUCUAAGGAGAACGACUCUGGAUGGAGGAGGAGAGGAGGAGGAGGGACAGUGGUGAGGAAGAGGAGGAGAAGAUGGAGAGGAAGAGGAGAAAUGAUUUAGAGAAUAAACUUCACAGAUGUCAGAGAUAUAUGAUUCGGUGUCGUUCUCACCGUUCUCAUUUUUGAUUCAAUAAAAUUCCUGUUUCCGCCUGCAGGGGGCGAUGUUGAGACUAAUCUUUUACACAUGCAGUUUCUACCUUUGCUAAAAUCAAGAUGAGUUUACAAGAAGAUCUCAGACGUCAUUUUAACAUCAAUCAAAGCACAACAAUCAGAGGACCUCCCAAAUGUCCUCAGGUUGUUUGACGUCCCCUGUAGGUGAAUAUAAAAUUAAGAGAAGGUCCCCUGUUUGACAGGCAGGCAAGAACACACACACACACACACACGCAUGAUUAGCCAUCGUUCCAGAGAUGCUUUUUCACCUUAGUUUGAACUUAAAGGCAGAGCUUUUUGAAUCACAUUUAUCUGAGUAACUUCUUAUCAAGAGUUUUUUUAACUCAAUUGGAGACCUGAGGUGUGUUGAGACCAAAACAGAGUCAGAUAUUUGCACCGUAAACCUGACAUCAACUGAUUUCAUGUGGUUUAAUUUCAGUAAGUAUAUUAAAAGGAUGCUUACAAAAUCUUCAUCAAGAUGCAGAUUUGUAAAAAGCUCUUGAAGUCUUACGAGUUUGAUUUAAAGCUCCAAUGAGUAACUUUUCCUUUGGUUAUGAAACAGACUAAAAUGAAUGAUGAAGAAACAGUGAGUGAUCUGUUUGUUCAUAGAAGGUUCUGGACUAAAUCAUAGAAUAAAUAGUAGUUAUCACUUUGUCCAGAGGGGGCGCCAAAUCACCAACAAAAAUUUACUUACAGGAGCUUUAAUCUGAGAUUUUAAAGAUUACCUGGCUGACUUAUAACAAACUUUUUCUUAAUAGCGUUUAAAUAAACUUUUGAUCGUUAAGUGCAGAAAAUUCGGCAUUUUUUUGGUCCGAACACACCUUCAGCAACAAAUACUUCUUCCUGUGUCGGCCAUUUUUAGAAGGUUGCACUUACCUGCUGUGUUAUCUACAGUUAACAGAUUUACGUCAGACUCUAGGAGAAGUUAUUUUUCUAAGAGACGUUUCAUUUCAUCCAGAGAACUCUUGAUAAGAACGUUUAUUUUUGCAGUUUUUCAACUUUUUGUACUACUUUUGAACUUUUUCACUCUUUCCCUGAUCAGUGAAACAUAAGUGGAAUAACCUGCCCUUGUAUCAUCGGGCUCCAACGGCUGUAGUUUGAUCUCAUGUUUGCAGAGCGUCUCAGAGAACACAAGUCCGCUUUAGAUAACUCCCAGGUUUUAUUUUUGCACAUUGUCUUCUAAAAGAAAUUCAGAAAACCUCCAAUCUUCCUCCUCCUCCUCUUCAGGUGACCUCCCAGCGGCCAUGUUUGUUUUCCAUGCCCAUAUUUAGUCGUCUAACCGUCUGUAAAGACAUUAAAGGACCUGAUCUCCUCUUCCUGUUUUUGUUACUUGAGACGAAAGCAAAAAAAAAAAAAAAAAGCCCUCACUGUCGAACACUGUGACAUCCCCGCCGCCGCCGCCGCCGGAGCGUGAUGUCCUCCUUUUUUUAUUUUUAAUUCCUUCCACUAACUUGAGUGUCGGUUACCGUGACGACCGACGUCUUUACUGACGACAGAGCUACAGUUGUACUAACCUGGUGACUGACUACAGCUCCCAUGAUGCAACGCUGCAGCCCUGAGGAGAGUGACGAACAUUUUCAAGUUUAAAAAAAAACAAAAAAAAACAGGAAAAGAUGACACCGCUGGAGGGUCACACGUGGGAGCCAAUGAAAAAAGGACUACAAAGUGAUGUCACUGCUUGGUGAACUUUUUGCAGAAGUGUCGUGGAGUCCUGAAGUUCUGCUUUUGUGUCACGUUAUUUUUAUUUUUACAUGUUUUAACAUCAAAUAUCAUCUUUCAGUCACCUUCCUCCUGCACAGAACGUCACCUCCUUCAGGCUUUGGUUGUCUCCUCCGCUCAGCUCGACUAGCUUACCUUACAUUUUUAGAUUUGGCGUCCAUUUCUCCUUCACCCGUUCAGAAACCAUCAGAGAGAAAUGUAAAGUUUAAAUGUGGGAAACACGACUGGACUCACUCAAGAAGUGACUCUAACUUUAAAAACAUCUUUUACUACAUAAAGCAUUAAUCUCAGAAAACACCGACCCUUUUUUUUAAAUGUUUGAAAACUUGAAUAAUCCGACAUCAGACGUGUUGAAAUCAGUGUUUAAACCUCCCGUCAGAUACUCUUACACUGUUGAACCCACACACCCCUCUGUGCUUACACCAACAGCUGUUUUGUUGUUGUGUUUUUGACACUCUCGCCCACUCUGCUGCAAUUUCCUACAUUUCCCAGAAUGCCUUUCAUGUGCACACGCAGAGAAGACGUCUCAUCUACUUCUACAGACAUCACAAAGUUUCAUUUCAGACGAACAUGACUGAAGAUUCAAAGCUUCAUGUGUGUUUCAAACGUCAGGCCACAUGUGACCAAAAGAAGCUCUGUGAUUGGCUAACGGAUGAACCAAUGAGGUGACAGCUCUUAUUCCUGUGUGCCAAACUCCUGUGGGACAUUUCCUCUAAAGUCAUGCUCAUCAUAAGAGAUGUAAAGACGUCAUAACGGCACUCUGCUGUGUUUAAGAUAGUAACCGUGUAAAUUUAACCCUUUCCUGACUGUCCACUAAAAAGAGGGGAUGUUAAGAUGUGGGGGUAAACCGGGACAUGAAUCAGGUUUAACAAUAGAUCAACAAUCUGUCAUCAGCUAGCAUUCAGCACCUUACCAUCUGAAGUUAUGGAUCAGUCCAAGCUUCCAGUCUUUGAAUCUGAUGAACUCCAGACUCAACACGUCCCGCUCUCCCGCCCCGGAUGUGGUCUCACGCUGGAGGACUCACUCCAGGCUUUAACGUGGUUCCAACCUAACAGUGUAAAAGUGUUUCAGGGGGUCCCCCCCCCUCCCCCCGUCGAGUGUAGAGUUUUUAUUUUUAACCCUGAACGUAUUUGCUCUGCGGUGCUAUUUGCUGUCUAACAACUAUCUCCUGGUUGUGUUUGAAUGUAUUUGUAAAUGUUUAGGUGUGUUUUUCUAAAGACAAGAGCACUAGAAUCUAUUUGUUCUGGACCAGCUGAGACUCCUGGUUCUGAACUGGACACACACACACAUACACACACACACACAUGCACACACACACACUGAAGGACAAACUGCUGAGCACUUUGAUUGGAGGAUGGAGGGUUGAUGUAAAGCUGCGGCGUGCAGCAGAUGUUAAUACUGAUCUAACACACCUGUACAGUCAGCCACCGACCUGUGGACACAGUGAUUGGUUCUAGUUUGUGAAUAAAGUGUCAAAUGCCAAACUGUU